AGCUGAGGAGCAAAGCUUGGGGGACGACAGACUUGGCUUUGAAAUAUGAAGAGGUCAUUUCUUAGAAGUCUCCUAUUUAAAUUGAACAUUUAUUUUUGUCUAUGUAGUAAGUAUCAUUCUGUACCAAAAUUCUGUAUCUUUCAAUAUGUCAGAGUUAUUUUAAAAUUUUUGUGUCUCAUUUCCUUAUAUCCUGAUAUGAGGAUGUAAAGUCACUUUAAUAGGCAUCAGUAAUAUCUCACAGAUGCAGAAUCUUGAAUAAGUUAAAAUUAAGUUAAGAUUGUAGACCAGUAUGUUACACACAAGAACAGAGAGAUUCCAUGAAUGAGGGUGUGACAGAUUUGUCUUUGCUGUUUCUUGGUAACCUCAUCACUUUCUAUGUCUUUACAAAACUAACUCUUCCAGCUCAGAAAAGCUUUUUCUUUUUCUCUAUAGUCAUUUUUCAGGUGUUGCUUGAUUUUUCUGUUUUCUGAAGUUUUGUUUUCUGAACUUCUUUAGAGUUUUGUUGUUUUUGUGUUUUGUUUUGUGUUUUGUUUUGCUUGCCUAAUUCUGGGUCACCAGAAAUUGGUUGGAAGAAUAGUGCUUCUUGUUAUGUGCCGUGUGGCAGGAGUAGACUAUUGUCACCUUUUGUUUGAUUUGAGUACUUGCAAUUUGUCAUGAUGGGUCAUGUCAGUGGGUGGCUGGUUCCCUGGCAGUACAAGCAUUUGGCAGCUGCUUCCUCACAUCUCAGCUAACCAAGAAGCUAAGACAGACCUGAUUGAUGGUCAAACUCAUUUAAGCCUUUCUCAACCUUCCUGUGGUUAGUUCUCUAAGCAUCUUUUUAGUACUUUGUAAUGAAGCUCUGAUCUUUGAGCAGUCACUGUAGUCGGAAAGUAAAUUUUUUCAGCAUUCCUGCUUUUAAGGUUUUGGUGUUGGGAAUCUAACCUAGGACCUCAUUCAUACUAGGCAAAUGCUUUACUACUAAACCAACAUUCUUGAUUUUUAUUUAACACAAAACUUAAAUACUCGUGGGUACUUGGAAUAAACUAUGUUAAUGAUCAUUGCAUACUACUUCUUCCAAUAGUUGAGAGCUCCUGGGAGCUGGGCAACAUUGUCUGGGAAUAUAAACUAAACAGAUACACCAGAAAAAGAGUUCUUAAAGAAAGACCAUAUCCACUUUUAUUCCUUCAUCUGUCCUGUGCUGUUUCUCUUUUGACACCAAGUGCAAAGGUUAAGCUUUGUCGCUGUACUGCAUCCACUGCUGCUGACUUGAAGUUAUUAGGUGGCGGAACUGCUGCUCUUUGAUGAAGUUUACCUCUCAGAGAUACUGACAUGUUCACUGGCACAGAGAUGCCCAGGACUUUGAACACUAAUUCUGAUCACCUUUCAGUUUCUUCAUGAAACGUUCCAUGAAUGGACUAAAAGAGUAGAUCUGAGAUAAAAGAAUGGAGUAGGAAAGGUAACUGGUAUAUAAUUGAGCUUGUUGUCAACGUGAGGCAUUUGAAUCACGUGAAGACCAAGUAAAGAAGUUUGGAAAUCACGGACUUUGCUUUUACUUUUAUUCUACUCAGCUUCCCAGAAGUAGCAGGACUGAGUAUGCAUACAUACAUACACACACACACACACACACACACACACACACACACACACACACACACGACAUUUGAUCUUAAAAAGGCAUUAGUUGAGACAAAGCAAAUAAUUGCUCAUUUUGUGUACAUUUGCAUGUAAAUAAUUCUUUAUCUGAGGUCCCACUCCUGUUUAAGUAGUGUUUAGGAUCAAGGUAUCUGAAAUUGCAGAAUGGUUUUCUAAAUCUUUUCUUUGAAUAGCUCAUCAACACAGCAAUGGGCCUGUUAUGUGAUGGGAAACUAAAAUGUGGAGAGGUGGGGGUGAUUCCUUAGCUGUUACUACAUAAUUCCUUCCUGGUGCCCCCAAUGAAUUCAACUUUGUGUUGACCAUCUUCUGUUAAAAACCCAGAUUAAACUCUGACAUUUGAAACCAGUAUGCAAAGAGGUAUAUGAGCUGUCUGUCACUUAGACUGUUUCCCAGUAUCAAGGAAGAUUACCAAAAAGCUGCAAGCUUUGGCUGGUUCCUGUAUUGAAUAUAAGAUUCUAGCUACUGGGGCUGGAGGGAUGGCUCAGCCGUUAAACACUAGGCUCACAACGAAAAAUAUAAGAAUCUAGCCACUGAACCCUGAUUGUACAGCAAGCCCUUGCUUUACUUUAUAGACAUAAAUAAGAAUGACGCAUGAAGGAUGCCUUCCUACCUUUCAUAAAAUCAUUGUUAAUUUUUCUUAUAUAUUUAUCUACAUAUAUAUUCCUUGCUUCAUUUAAGUUCCUGAUGAAUUCGCUAACACUUUUUUUUAACAGCUAACAAAAAAUUAGAGUGAGAACUGGUGUUGCCAGAAAAAAAAUCCAAAGCGCUCAAAUGUGUUUACUUUAGUUUAUAUCAGUCUGUAGUUCAAUUAUCUUUCUUCUCUCCUUCAACCCCCCCCCCCCAUAUACCCCCACAGAGCUGAGGACAAAACUUAGGGCCUUGCGCUGCAAGCACUCUACCACUAAGAUAAAUCCCCAACCCCUACCUUUCUUCUUAUUCCCCUUUAUAUUUUGUUCUUGAAUCAUAUUUCUUACUGAGCUUUUAAAUGCACAUAAACUUGUUUUUGUUUUGUUUGAAAGAGCCUUUCACCAGGUAGUGGGAGCACACUCCUUUGAUCCCAGCACUUGGGAGGCAGAGGCAGGUGAAUUUCUGAGUUCGAGGCCAGCCUGGUCUACAGAGUGAGCUCCAGGACAGCUAGGGCUACACAGAGAAACCCUGUCUCAAAAAAAAGAAAAGAAAAAGAGUCUUUGUAAUCCAGGCUAACCUCAGAUGUGUAAUGACCUUUCCACCUACCAAGUGUUGUAGCUACUAGCCUGUGGUACCAUCACACAUAAACUUUGUAACUUAUCUUAAAAUCAUUUUUUGGAAAUAAAGUAAGAUGUGAAUUAAUAAUUCACCAGUUAUUACAACAGAAUUAAAAAAUAACAUGCAACAAAAUUAUAUAAUAUACAAAAGCUGAGUCAGGAUUUCUAGUCCUGAAAUACAUGAGCAGAGAUGUACUUUUUGAAACACAGCUUUAGAAUUAAGGAACCAACUGUGAAGGUCAAAACUCCUGGCUCUAAAGAAAAAAAAUGAAGGCCUGAAGAUUAUCAGUUUUUUCUCCUGCCCUGAAUAGUAUGAGACAUAUACUAAUUGGCUCCAAGCCUUUGAAACAGUGGACUGUUGUCAUUGGUCACUGAGACCACACAUCUCAUAUAGAUGUUUUUAGUCUGUUCAAUGAAACCAAUUUCUAUUCAGCUGUCAUCACUGCUUGGCUUUUGGAGACAGAAUCUUGCUAUGUAGCUGGGGCUGGUCUCAGACUUUCAAAUGCUAGGAUUACAGGUGUGUGCCACCACCAAUCUCCAGGGUUUUUUGCUUUUGCGUGUGUGUUUUUGGUUUUUUUCUUUGUUUGUGGUACUAGGUCUUGUAUAUGUACCAUGCUAGGCAAACAAUCACUGGAUUGCAUCCUCAGCUCUCAUGUCUAUAUUUAUAAAUAUUCUGGACUGUGUAAUUUAUACCCAGGGAUUCAGUUUUGGAGUCCAAGAUCAAGGUACAAGCAGAUUAAUUUUUGUGGAUGGCCUGUUGUUCCCUUUUGGAUGGUGCUUUCUUGUUGUAUCCUCAUGUGGUAGAAGAGACAAGGGAGUUGCAAGAAGUCUUUCAUAAGGGCACUGAUUCUGUUUCUGAAGGUGAUUAAGAAGUCACUUGACAAGAUGGGGGGGGGGGCUGAUCACCAGCAUUUGAGCUGUGGGCACCGAGAUCCAUAGGUUUAGCAGUAUGUGUGCAUAUUCUUGACUAAGGCAGGGUCAGAAUAUUGGGGCUGUUGAUGUGCUUUUGCUCUGCUGGGAAUUCAACCCAGGGCCUUGCACAUGCCAAACAGGUACUGAGCCACUCCACUGGGUGCGAGCAGCAUAACUGGCAUAUAAACUGUGUAGGUUUUCCUUUCUGUUUCUUGUGGUAUAAAUAUUUUAAGCAUAAAAAUAAAGAGAAUAACAUAACAAACACCUAAUAACAGUGGCCAAGCUUUUUACAGUAUUUGCUUGAUGUAGAAUUUACUUUUAUGUACUACUCCUUGAUCUUUAGAGGCAGUUUUCUAAGAUUUUUUCAUCAGUACACAUUUGUCUAUGUAUUACUUAAAUUGAGAAGCACCCAGGAGAUUAGUAAAGUACACCUCUAGGUGUGUCUACAAGUGUUGCUAAAGGAUUGAGGAAGGCAGAGGGUGUCACACUCUUACUGUGCCUUUUAUUUCAUCUCCGCUUGAGGCCCAGAUGAAAUAAAAGGCAAGGAGGAAGGAGCUCAACUACAGGCUUCCCUCUGCUUCCCAGCCUCCAGGACAGCUCUGUCCCCACCCCAGCUGAUAGCUGACAUUUCAGGAAAUGUGAGCUUGUGAGCCCGACCGUCACAGGGCUAGGUGGUUCAGCCUUGUGCUUAGGCUGGGACAUAAGAUAUGGCUUGUUACCCUAGUGCUUAGGCUGGGAUGUAAGAUAGGUCUUGUUACCCCUUUGCUGUGUCUUCCCCUCCAGCAGGUGGCUGAGCUGAAUGCAAUUGUAGCACAGUGGUAUAAGCAUAGAAGUUAUGAUUAAAUAGCAGGUAAAAGGGGUUUUGUUGUUGUUUCUGGUUUUUGUAAUAUCAUACUUGUAUUGGACACAUCACAUGAAGAAGCUGGUAGGAUUGACUGAACAUUGCUCUAGGUGAGUCAGGGAAUGAAGUGCGUUGACUAAAGGACUAUACAUUUCUGUAAUGUUUUGUUCUUAGGAUGCAUGAAAUUUUUUUCUUCAGUAAUAAUCUAACCUUAGCUUAUUAUGAGUCAUUUUACUUUGUAGACUUUUUUAUCCUUUGAUAAUAACACUUAAAACCCACAUACAUGCUAAGAGUGGUGGCUCACCACCUUUAAUCCCAGCACUCUGGAGGCAGAGGCAGGAGAGUCUAAAUUCAGCCUGGUCUACAUAGUCAGCUCUAGGAUAGCCAGUACUAUGUAGAAACUCUGUGUGUGUGUGUGUGUGUGUGUGUGUGUGUGUGUGUGUGUGUGUGUGUGUGUGUGUAGAGGAAAAGAAAAGAAAGUAAACAUUUUACAGGUGUUUAAAAAUAUUUUCUUUAUAUGCUAAGUUUAGAAGCUUUUUUUCUAUGCAGUUUUUUUUCCUUUUUAAAUUUUUCUUUCUUUUGUUAUUUGUUCUUAUUUUGUUAACAGCUUAAGGAUGGAGUGGGCUGGACCAGAUGGUUCAUCAGGUUAUCAAAGGCCAUCAGUCAUGGGCAAUCUGAAUUCAAGGUGGAAGGAGAAAUUAGAAUCCUGCUAGUUGUGCUCUAAUCUCCACAAGAGUACCAUGGUUUCCCCUAGCCCAUGUAACCCCUGUAAAUAAGCAAAAACCAACACAGUCUAUCAGGGUCAGUUCCACAUCCUAUCCUAGAAGUCAAGCAAAGGUGAACUGCACUAAUGGAUUUCCUCUUACCUUCUAUGGUAACAGUGUCUUCUAGAUUCUGCCUGAUGUAUAUUUAAAAACAAAAAGCUAGGUCUACAGAACAGGACAUGCUAUGAACACAGGAACCACAGCACACUGCUUACCAAGUGCUCUAUACAUCAUUGCAUUGUAUGUCUUUUGUUUUGUUGGUUGGUUUUGUUUUUGUUGUUGUGGCUGUUUAGUUUUUUUAAACAGGAUCUUACUAUGUAGCCCUGACUGUCCUACCACUUACUAUGUAGACCAAACUGGUGUUUGGUCACAUUCAGAAAUCUGUCUGCCUUUACCUCCACCUCCUAAGUGCUGGAAUUAAGGGUCAUGCUCAACAUUUUUGUUUGGUUUUGCACACUUUUGAUUGUCUUUGUACUGCUUAGGAUAGAACUCAUGGUUUGCUAGGUAAGCAUCAUUGAGUCACAUCUUUAAUCCUUUUUUUUUUAAAGACAGAAUCUCUAACACCUACCAUAAAACAACUAUUUGAAAACUCUGAAAGGUAUGCUGUAAAGGUAAUUUCUUUUCACAGAAAUAAUGCUUCAGAAUCCAGUCUAGGCUAACAAGCACAUGAGACAAGAAGUAUACUUGGUUUUAUUCUAAUACAGGUGGAGACUGUGUCUUUUCCCUGUUGUCUGGAGUAUGGCCUUAUAGUCUUGAAAUUCGCUAGUUUUAAAAGAAUUAAUGAGCCGGGCAGUGGUGGCGCACGCCUUUAAUCCCAGCACUUGGGAAACAGAGGCAUGCAGAUCUCUAUGAAGUGGAGGACAGUCAGGACUUCAUAGUAAGACUCUGUCUGAGAGGGGGAGGGGUGGGAAGGGAAGGGGAGAGAAGGGGAGAGAGAGAGAGAGAGAGAGAGAGAGAGAGAGAGAGAGAGAGAGAGAGAGAGAGAUGAAAUUACAAGGUGGUGGAGGGAUUAUUAGUCCUUAGUAGGCAGGCCACCUUUGAUGGGGGAGGGUAAUUUUUUACAGAAUUAGGACUUUAUUUAUUGUCCUUCCAUAUCUUCAAGAUUUUUCCACAACCCAUAAUUGGACCUCACUGUGAGUAGAGAAAAUCCCAAGAAAAGCCCUGAGUUCAAACUGAAGGAAAUGGAAAAAGCAGUAUAAUACUCAGAAAAAAGCACAGAAAGGCCUUGUUUUUCUUUUUUCUGUUUCUUUCCUCUCAUGCUAAAAAACUCAAACAGUUCUAUAGUAACGAUAGACUGAAGUAUAGCAGGAAUCUGGGGGUGGAAACCAUUCUCUCUGAUCAGUGGAAAGGGGUCCCAAGAGGUUGAAAUGAACCCUGUUUGCUUUCUCCACUGAGCUGCUUGCCUCCAAACAGUCACUCUUUAGAAAUUAUGUGGCUGAGAGAAGGGUGUUCUCAACCUUCUGACUGGAUAAGGAGGACCCCAUUUGCCCAGAAAGUAGUGAGGAGAGUACAUUUACGGGAGUUGGAAAGUAACUCCUUAAAUGUUUUCACUAACCAUUCAACUUGCCUAUGUGCCCACAUUCAUGCUAUUCAUGCACAAUUUGGCCCCAAACAGGCUUUGAGAAGCAAAGUGUGGCUUAGACCAUGGCUAGGUACCAGACUAGUGAUAGGGCUUGGUGCACAAGUGGAGCAAAUCUGCUUAACAUUGCAAAGACUUUGACACUUAGUUCAGGUUGGAACAUAGUCUACAGAAGGCUGGCUGGAAAAUCUAAACUGAGGACAGCUGGGUUGUCUCCACUGAGAUAACAGUGUUAUUCUUUAUAUGUACUUAUCAUUGCCUGGAUUUUUACAACAGUAAUCUCAGUAUCUAGAACACAGUACAAAGUGGACAGACAUAUGAAAUAGUAAUAAAGUCACCAGUUCACAAGGAGUAAGAAAAAGACCAAGAUAACACUGACAUUAACACCAAAUGUCUUAACAAUACCAGAGCUGUAGAACUAUGAAAGAAAGCCAAUCAUUCCACAGAUUAAUAACACAGAUGACUGGUCUUAGUGAUUUAUAGAACCCAGUAGGCAGGAAGGAAAGAAAGAUCCAGAAGAGCUGAGCAUCUGCUCUGCACUAGAUUUUAGAACGUGUGAAACAACAGAAUAUGUGCUACUUUGAAUGUCUGUAAAACGUUCAUCCAGAUGGGCCCUGCCUGUCAUGGGUCACAACACUAAAAGUUUUAAAAGUGAUUUAAAAUCUAUUCUUCAAGUAAAACAAAUUAGGGGAUAAAUUGACCUUAAAAAUCAUAAGUCGUGUCAAAAUUAGGUAGAAAACCAGACAUGGCAGUGAACCCCUUCAAUCCCAACAUUUGAGAGGCAGAUGGAGUGAAUUGCUGUGAGUUCAAGGCUAGCCUGGUUUAUAUAGUGAGUUCCAGGAUAACCAGGGCUACAUGAUAAGACCCUGUAUUUAAAACAUAAUAAUAAUAAGGUAGAUGCAGGGCUAAGGACAUGGCUCAGUCUGUAAACCCUUCCCGAGAACAAGCUCAAGGAUGUCCAGAACCCAUAUAAAAACCAGGGCAGUGGCACAUUUGUAACCUCAGUGCUAGGGGGGAAGAGACAAGGAUUCCUGGUGUUUGCUGGUCAGCCAAUCUAACUUAAAUCUGUGAGUUCCCAGUUUGGUGAAAGACACUAAAAGGUGGAGAACAUUUGAGGAAGGUAACCAAUGUCAUUGACCUCUAACCUACACAUUGACCUCUAACCUACACACACACACACACACACACACACACACACACACACACACACACGUAUGCAUAAAUUUCUAAUGUCCAAAAAGAAAUGGGCUGUCACCACACUUCCCAUGAUAUAGCAAGAUUGUGAAAGGAACCAGGAGGAACCAGGAGGAACCCUGUAUUCAUAGUCUCCAUAGACUCACCAAAAAUAAAGUAGAUAAGUUUUUUGUUUGAGACAUUCUCAUGUACACGAGGCUGAUCUAAAAUUCCAUAUGUAGCCAAGGGAUGACCUUGAAUUUCUGAUCCUCUUGCCUCCGCUCCAGCGUUGGGAUUAGAGGGUUACACCGCUAUGCCUAUUUAUACUGUGCUGGGACUGAUCCCAGAGUCAUGUGAGUUCUAGGUGAGCACUCUCCCAGCUAAGCCAUAGCUUCACCCACACACUCACAUAACAUUUUUGGUGAACUAAGAAAUGGUAUAUGUGAAGUUGGGCAGAUGUGAAAAGUGAAGUUAUUAGGCAUACCUUCAGUCCCACUGUGUGUGUGUGUGUGUGUGUGUGUGUGUGUGUGUGUGUGUGUGUAUGUGUGUGUCCCCAUUACCAAAGGCAUAUUUUCUGAAUGUUCAACCUGCUCUGUAUUAAAAUGGCAGAGAGGGUUUGAAACUCCUCAGGUAGGUCACAGGGUCUAGAAACAGGAGGCUUCCAACCUCCUGUCCAGUCAGAUUCAGGAUGUUUGUGAUAUCAGUUGAAUGAAUCAAUGGCUUCUUCAGAUUCCUCACUUCCUUUUUAAAGAGAACUUUUUUCCUAUCUUUUACUAGUGUGAGCUGUUUAUGAUCGGUGUUGAAGGUGUUUUUUAUGUCAUUGCUUAAUUGGACUGGAGAUAAUCUCAUGUGACAGCAUGGAGCUCUUGUUUUGGAGUUGCCAUUACUUUCUAGAACAGCCAUUCUGUAUAGCUGCCAACAUGCCCUGGGUACUCUUGCUUCAUAUUGCAGUGAUACUGCUUUGUCAGGGUAGAAUUCAGCCUCACAGGGCUAGAGUCAGUCUGCUGACCUCAUGCCACAGUACAGCAUGUUCAAACCUGGGAGAAACCCAGGGGUUACUCGGCAUAUUCUUCCUCCUUCCUUACAAGCAUGGAACCGUCACUGUCCUCGGAAACCAUCGAGCGUUUGGAAGUAAGCAGCCUCGCCCAGACUUCCAGUGCCGUGGCCUCCAGCACUGAUGGCAGCAUCCACACAGAGUCUGUGGAUGGAAUACCAGAUCCUCAGCGUACAAAAGCUGCCAUUGCACACCUGCAGCAGAAGAUCCUAAAGCUCACAGAACAGAUCAAGAUUGCACAGACAGCCCGAGACGACAACGUUGCUGAGUACUUGAAGCUUGCCAACAGUGCAGACAAGCAGCAGGCUGCUCGAAUCAAACAGGUGUUUGAGAAGAAAAACCAGAAAUCUGCGCAGACCAUUCUCCAGCUGCAAAAGAAGCUUGAGCAUUACCACCGAAAGCUCCGUGAGGUGGAACAGAAUGGGAUUCCCCGACAGCCCAAGGAUGUCUUCAGGGACAUGCACCAGGGUCUGAAGGAUGUGGGUGCAAAGGUGACUGGCUUCAGUGAAGGUGUAGUGGACAGCGUCAAAGGUGGAUUUUCCAGCUUCUCCCAGGCUACCCAUUCAGCAGCAGGGGCUGUCGUCUCCAAACCCAGAGAGAUUGCCUCACUGAUUCGGAACAAAUUUGGUAGUGCAGACAAUAUCCCUAACCUGAAAGACUCAUUAGAGGAAGGACAAGUGGAUGAUGGGGGAAAGGCUUUAGGGGUGAUUUCAAACUUUCAGUCAAGUCCAAAAUAUGGUAGUGAGGAAGAUUGUUCUAGUGCCACUUCAGGCUCAGUAGGAGCCAACAGUACCACUGGGGGCAUUGCUGUGGGAGCAUCCAGCUCCAAAACCAACACCCUCGACAUGCAGAGCUCAGGGUUUGAUGCACUGCUGCAUGAGGUCCAGGAGAUCCGGGAAACCCAGGCCAGACUGGAGGACUCCUUCGAGACCCUCAAGGAGCAUUAUCAGAGGGACUACUCCUUAAUAAUGCAGACCUUACAGGAAGAGCGGUAUAGAUGUGAGCGACUGGAAGAGCAGCUGAAUGACCUGACAGAGCUGCACCAGAAUGAGAUCCUGAACUUAAAGCAGGAGUUGGCCAGCAUGGAAGAGAAAAUCGCCUAUCAGUCAUAUGAACGGGCCCGGGAUAUCCAGGAGGCUCUGGAGGCCUGUCAAACCCGCAUUUCCAAGAUGGAGCUGCAGCAGCAACAGCAGCAGGUGGUGCAACUGGAAGGGCUGGAGAAUGCCACUGCCCGAAACCUUCUGGGCAAACUCAUCAAUAUCCUCCUUGCUGUCAUGGCAGUUCUCUUGGUCUUUGUGUCAACAGUAGCCAACUGUGUGGUCCCCCUCAUGAAGACACGCAACAGGACGUUCAGCACUUUAUUCCUAGUGGCUUUCAUUGCCUUUCUUUGGAAGCACUGGGAUGCCCUCUUUAGCUACGUGGACCGGCUCUUCUCACCCCCCAGAUGAUGCUGGCAUGGAACGCAGUGCUCUUCACCGUCUGGCGAGUGCAUGCCAAGAGAGCUAGACAGCAGCAUUACCCACUCUGAAGUUUUCUACAAGAGAGUUGAGUGAAUCUGUUUACAUUUAGGAUAAUGUUUUUUUCUUCAAAAGACGCAAUUGCAAUAGUAUUUUUUAGAUUUUAUCCAAGAAGUUUUUUGGGCAAAAAUCUUGGAUCAUUUUUAUGUAGCAUGAUUUUCCUUGGGAUGCAAAUCUGAAACAGUCCUUUAACAUGAACAAUCUGCAGCACACUGAAGGGCAUUCUGAAUUGAAGCUUGGAGAACUGCACUAAACCCACUAAACAGAUGCAAAAACCUGACCAGGCCCAACACCCACCCUGCCUGGCUCCUCUCCUCAUCCAGACUAACUCUACUGUGAAGUCCCACCACAUUCCAGGUUGGAAUUUUAGAUUCAGGGUGGAUUUUCCCUGCCGUGGAAGAACACAGGCAUCUCCCUAGCUUUCUCACGCUAACCCUGAAGUAUGAUCACUUCUGAACCUGCUCCUUUCUUAACUGCCAGGAUUGGAAGCAAGAGCAUCAAGCCCAUAGGAUGACUGCGCAAUCCUGUUCAGUAUUGUGAAGUAGCCCUUAAUCCUAACUUUUAAGCAAAAUCCCUUGGCCGCACUUUUAAGGUUUGGUUGUUUUUUAUAUAUAUAUGUGUAUAGUUACCAACUUAAAAAUAAAAAAUCCGAACAACAUACUUGAAGAAUGUAAUACUCAAACUCUCAGUGCUUCCUUAUAAUUUCUAAUAGAAUUUUUUAUUAUUGUUAUUAUUAUUGGGGUUUUUUUGGUUGGUUGGUUGGUUGGUCGGGUUUUUUGGGGGGUGAAGGGGACUGGGUUGGGAGGGUCUUUUAUUUUUUUCCUCUGAAAUAAAGCAGUGCUGUUUUCAAAUGAAGCCGUGUGGAUAUUUCAGCGUGCUGCUCCCUGUUGUCUGGAAACAGUUGAGUUGGAGCCUGUUGCCAAUGCUGCCCUCUGCCACCCUGUGGCUGCCCUGGCUCUCUGGUCUCUAUCACCCACACAGCACCAUCUCCCCGGCUUGGCUUGGUUAGAAUGGUGAGGGGUUUACAGGGUAAGGGGACAAGACUACACACACUAGCGUGGUAGGACUAGAUUUUUGUUUUCCCCACCAAGUAAAUGUUCACCUGUGACCUUGGGCUGGGAUUCUCUUUAGGAAAAAAGGCUACUACUAUGUUAUGAGAGUCAAAAAUAACUCCUUGUGUUUGCUUAAUUUAUUGUUUAACACCCCCUAACUGCCGAAACCAAAGUGAUACGGAGUCGUCUUGUCUGCAUUUUGGCCUCAGCAUCAUUAACUUCAAAGCUUUAUUCUGUCUGCCUGAGAGGAUCCAUGGAAGAUGAUUCUCCCAAAAAGCAGAAAAAGAAAUGUCAGGUUAGAAGGACCCAAGUUCUAGGUGCACACUUUUGCAAGCUUCCUACAAGCCCAGACUGACUUACACUAACCUAACUGCUCAGUGGCUGUCUAGAGACACUUUAGGAAGAUAAACUGAGCUUGAUCCUCAUCAUAUAGCCAGUUCCAUCACUCAGGUAGUGCCUGAAUCAACCUUCAGAGCCUGAUUAGUCACAUAUCAUUGGAGGUCAAACGCCAUUUCCAGUGGCCUCUCUGUGUGCCCACAUGAUGCAAAGGGGUCAUGUACUAUGCCCUGGACAAAGAAGUAUGUUUUGCCUAUGUCCCCAUACCAGGACCUUCUUUCAGAACGAGGGUAGUAUUACCCUAUCUGUUGGAAAGGAUGGUUUACAUAGCAGUUCCAGCCUCCUUUUGCUUUGGCCAGUUGGCCUUCUCACUUUGAUAGUUUAACUCAGGUACCCAGUCUUCACUCCAUCCCCAGGUGCUUGUUCACCUCAUUAAUGAGCACCUAGAGCAAGGACCAAAAGAAGGAAAACUAAUUAAAACCAAUGCAUAUUCAUGCCAAAACAAGUGGUCCCCAAGCCUGUUUAAAAGGUUAACUUGGCCCGAAAAUAUUGCAGCAGCUUCAUGCAAGAAUUGCCACAGGACACUAUGGCCUUGCUGGGCUAGCAUUUGCUGCUGUAAUCUAGUUGCUCUGGUAUAGAAGAGAACCCCAUGGGGCUGUGGGAGAGACAAUUCAGUGGCAGCCCACUGGCUUCUCUACCCAUUCCACAGGAACCCUAUUCCUACCCCCACCCCUGCCCACAAAUGCCACUGUGAUCCACAGCUGAAGUUGUUUCUAAUUGCCUAAAGGCAGUCUCUGUGUCUGGAGCUUCAAAGAGACAGGCAGACCUGCACUAAUUCCCUUCUUCCUCUAGCAGACUGCCUUGGGAAGGACCUUCAGUCCAGGACAGACCCUGUCAUGGCUUCUUGCUGUCUUACCCUUCUCACUCACCAGGCCCACAGUCGCCUGCACUCAGUGCUGUUUGUAACACAUCUGUUAUUCUGCCUACCUGUACUUUUUGCUGCCCAUCCCUGUUGCCUUUGAGUUUCUUGGAAUUGUGGCUGUCCUCGGAAUCUCUUUUCUAUUCACAGCCCUUCUAUAGCCUUGCUCUGAUGGUUUUAGCACUUGAUCUGAGAGAAGCUUGCCCAUAAUUUAAUGCUUCUUUUCCUUAAAAAAUAAAAAAAAAAAUCAAAAAAACCCACUAAAGUGAAGCAUUUCUUGAUUCCCUUUUCCAUGCUGGUGCCUAGCCCGGGUGAGUGAGGCUGGCUGUGUUGGCCUGGGUGACUUGUGGUUGUAGAGUUGGCCAUCAUUCUGCACUGUUGAUAGCUGUCUGCUCCAGUUUCUGGUCUUUGGUAUACUCAGUGUGGCCCGGUGAUGAAGGCUUUCUACUCCUUAACAGGUACAGUUGGAUCCAUCGCUGAUGGUGUUUCUUUAGCCCCAUCCCAAUUGGCCUAAAACAUUUGUCACCAGAACAGUGGGGAAAAGCCUUCCUUUCCAGCCAUGUCUGACAGUGAGCAUGCUUUGGUGUGGUCUUCACUGCUUUUGGUUUUGCUUCUGAUCUUGUGUUCUAAGGUACUCAGUGAAUCCUGGAUUCUGAGUAAGUUCCAGGGUUCUGGCCUUGAAGCCUUGGACUACACACAUUUCAAACAAAACCAAAUGCUGUCGUCGACAAGCCAGCACAGGCGAAGUGAUGGUUCCCACAGCACCCCCAAUAAAAACUGGGAUUUUGAAUGUGGCUCUACAAGUUAAACAUUUCUGUGUGUUGUGUAUGCUAGGUGAUGCCCUCAGAAGGGACUGACUACUAGACUGUAAGUGUGUUUUAUACAAGUGUGUAAGACUAAGACUCACGUGCACGAAUCGAAGAGUAAAGAGACAAUACUUGUGAACGUGUGAACGUUAACACUGUAGUUGCUAGAUCUUAAGCUGCUAAUUGUCGAGAGAGAAUUCAGUUGUGUGCUGUCUGGCUGCUGUGCCUUCUCAGCAGCACUUUUGCUGUACAUACAAUGGAAAUAAAGACCUCAGCUAGAAACCUGCCAAUUGA